AGUAGUUUCCGUGCCUCUGACUCACGCCUGCGCACAUAGCUGGCCCUGGCGCGUCCUACGCAGCAUCCGCGAGCCGGGGCUGCUGGUGCCAGACGGUUCCCCACGGGGGAGGGGGCAGGGGCGGGACUCCGGGCGGGGGAGUGCGGCCGACCCGGGACAGGCUGGGGACUCUGGGUCGGGCUACCGGCGUCACGGGGCUCCGAUCGGGCUUCCCGGGCCUGUGCGCCGAGAUAGCCAGGGGCCCCGGCCUGCUAGGAAAGAUAAGGCUGCGGAGGAAGCCCAGUCACCGGCUGCAAGCACGGUCCCAAGUCCCGCUACCACCCUGAGCGCCUUCCUUCCCCCAGGGCUCUCCAGCCGCUAGGAGGGGCUGCUGGUUCCCGGUGGCCUGACUGCUUCUGUCCUGCAUCCCCGAAGAGGCCCGCUGCACGACUGCGAUGGCAUCCUACUACGAGAUUCUAGACGUGCCGCCAAGUGCGUCCGCUGAUGACAUCAAGAAGGCGUACCGGCGGAAAGCUCUGCAGUGGCACCCAGAUAAGAACCCGGAUAACAAAGAAUUUGCUGAGAGGAAGUUUAAGGAGGUGGCCGAGGCUUAUGAAGUGCUAUCUGACAAGCACAAGCGGGAGAUCUAUGACCGAUAUGGCCGGGAAGGGCUGACUGGGGCAGGAACUGGCCCUUCUUGGGCAGAAACUGGUGGUAGUGGGCCUGGCUUCACCUUCACCUUCCGCAGUCCCGAGGAAGUCUUCCGGGAGUUCUUUGGGAGUGGAGACCCUUUUGCGGAGCUCUUUGAUGACCUGGGCCCCUUCUCGGAGCUUCAGAAUUGGGGUUCCCGCCACUCAGGCCCCUUCUUUACCUUCUCCUCCUCCUUCCCUGGGCACUGUGAUUUUUCCUCCUCAUCUUUCUCCUUCAGUCCUGGGGCUGGUGCUUUCCGCUCUGUUUCGACGUCCACCACUUUUGUCCAGGGACACCGCAUCACGACACGCAGAAUCAUGGAGAACGGACAGGAGCGGGUGGAAGUGGAGGAGGACGGGCAGCUGAAGUCAGUUUCAAUCAAUGGUGUUCCAGACGACCUGGCACUGGGCUUGGAGCUGAGCCGUCGUGAGCAACACCACUCAGUCACCUCCAGAUCUGGGGGCGUGCAGAUGCGGCAGACCCCUGCCCCACGGCCCUGUGACAGUGACCUCUCUGAGGAGGACGAGGACCUACAGCUUGCCAUGGCCUACAGCCUGUCAGAGAUGGAAGCAGCUGGGCAGAAGCCGGCAGAUGUGUUCUGAUUGGAUGUCCAGGAUACAGAGUCGCUUCACAGUUCCAACAGGACAGCACCCUCACCCUUGCGAUGGGAGGGGAUACUCCAUUCUUCCCUCACCCAUGCUGAGUGUAGAACUGGGGCCUGGGCAGUGGGUGGGGGGGCAUCAGUAGUCUUAGCCUAUGAACUCUUCCCUGGGUGUUUACUGCUGUCUCCUGGGGACUACAAGUCCCAUAAUGCAGUGCACACCACCACAUUUCUGAUAGGUCACACCCAGGAGAAUUGGUUCCUGGUUAUAGAACUGUGCUUCUUGGAAUAUGUAGUUCCAGUCCUGGCCAGCCUGUCACUUGCUCUGGAUGGGGAGGUCUUGUCUUUUGAUUUGUCCCUGGUGUGGAGGCAAGGAUGUGGAUGAAGGGGGAAUAACUUGAGCCUGGGUUCCCCUGACACCUUUUGCUAGCCCCAGGGUUGGAGUGGGCAGGUCAAGACCUUGCAGCAUCUGGGAGAAGUUCUUUUCUCAAGGGUCAGCAGAGUAGGCAGGGCAUGGCCCUGGAAGGCUGAUGAACAUGAAGUGGCAAAGCUUGGAAGGGAAAGCUACCCUCACAGAGGCGUGUGGCUGGGACUGGUGUGUGCUGGGAACACGGGGCAUGCUGCUGCUUGAAUGGCUUUCUUUGGCCUCUGAUCCUGCUGCCCAUUCUUUCUCUCCAACAUCACAGGCAGCCACCUCUCUUCCUCCCUUCCUG